AUGGAGACGAAGCUGAAAUCAGCCCCGCACUCGGUGAAGCGGUGGCAGCUCAGCGGGACGGACUACGACCCGCAGCGCGUCCGCAGCCUGCGCUCCGAAACCCGCUUCAGCACCUGGACCCCCCUGAACAACAAGGCGAGCAACCUGCAGUUAUUUGAGGAUAGGAUGAACCUUGUGCUCCACUGGUUUGACCUGUGGACUGACAGACAGAGGAAACACUUGUUGCAGACCUUGCUCAUAGGCUGCACCAGAUCACAGCUCAAGUACUGUAGAGAUUUGCUGAUCGAGACAGUCCCUGUGUCUCAAGUGGACUUCACGGCGGUGCUGCCACGUUUCCUGUCCCUGUAUGUGAUGUCAUUUCUGCCCCCUCGUGACCUCUGCUCUGCCGCCCAAGUCAGUUGGCACUGGAGGGUCCUCGCUGAGCAGGACUGUCUCUGGGCAGGACGGUGCAUCAGAAGAGGCUGGUUCCUUCCGUACACCCCAGGAGAGAAGGAAUUUGGAGCAUGGAAGAACCACUUUGUCUCCUGUGUAUCCACGCUGGACUGGCUCACUCCACGGGAGGCGGCCGAGCAGUACGGGACCCUCAACCAACAAAGCACGGGGCCGACGGAGGAGGAGGAAGAGCGGAGGAAGGAGAGGAGGAUCAGGCAGAUGAUCAGAGACAAAGUGCAGGAGGAGAAGAGACUGUCUCUGAGAACCAGGAGAGCCUGGGGCAGCAACACAAAGCCAGAUGGAGCCAAAAGUGCCCACACCAUGCGGCCCAGCUCUGGAUUAACAUUCAGCUCUUGGCCCUCUCUCUCCUGGCCUCCAGGGGCUGUUGGGUCCUCCAGCCUCUGCCUCAGCCUGGACAGGGGAGAGCCUGGGACUGAAGCCCUGAGCAGGGAGAGACUCCGGGGCUCUAGUCCAAGCAGUGAAAGACUGAACAAAGCCUGUGGAGCACUGUCCUCCUUCACCUAUAGACCUGCACUGCCACACACAGUCCCUCCUAUCCAUCUGCCCCCUCCAGCCCUCUUACUGCUGGUCUCAGAUAAGAUUCCUGCCUACGAGCUGCUGCUGAGUGGUGUGAAGGCAGGAGUGAUUGUGGUUCUGUAUGACCACAGAGGGACUCUCUCAGCUCUGUUAACCCAGGCGGAGAGGGCUAUUUCUGGGCAAGGAGUUCAGAGGCUGGGCCUGCUAGCACCAGGAGGAACGGAGGAAAUGCAUCUGCUUCACAGUAGUACCCUGUCAGAGAGGACUCUACUGACCCCCGACCACAGAGAGUUCUGGGAAAAACUGUGUGGCUGGGUGGCACCAGCUGAGGAGGGAGGAGGGAUCGACAUCUUCUCCCCGCUGGCUGCAUCUGCAUCAGGAGUGGCUCUCAUCCAGACUCUGUCUACUCUGACUGGUCUCGAGGUUCGGGCGCCAAUGGGUCUUGCCACCGGAAGUUUCCAGAACAUCCUGAGUGAGUGGUCCGACGGCAGUGUGUGCAGCGGAGUCUCAAACCUGCAGCCAGCAGCGCCGGCGCUGCAGUUUGUGUGUGAGAGCGUGCUGCAGGGCUGGUGCAGACAGGCUCAGUGGAUGGAGGAGGCUCUGGAGGAGCUGAGGGGCUGCCUGGGGCCACAGCUACAGCGGGUCAGCCUUCAGACCAGGGGCAGAGCCCUGGGUCAUUUUCUUUGGGAGAAAACCUGCCUUGAGGAGAUUUGUGUGUCCAGAGAUCUGAAUGAGGCUCUGACAGAGGGGCUCACUGCUCUCACAAGACAGGAGGAGAGCAGACCUCUGGAGUUUCUUGCCCAUUUCCUGACAAGAUGGCGUGAGGAGAAGGACGGAGAAGAGAGUGUGGAGGCUGAGUCUGUAGCACCACUCAGCUCGCAGAAAUGCCUGAGCAGGACACCUGAGCUGCCACAGACAGUGUUAGACUGGAGAGGGGCAGUUGCCCGCGAGCUGCACCACAGCGAGUGUGUAUAUCUGGGCAGACUGGCUGCUGUGCUGAAGGUGUACCAGGAGCCUCUUACAGCAGCCCUGAACUCCAACAGAGCCAUUCUCAGCUAUGCUGACAUUCACAUUGUCCUCAGCCCUGUCGCACAAAUACUGGAGCUCAACAGGGUGUUUCACACAGAUUUAGAAGCCAGGCUUCAGCAGUGGGGUGCAGAGCAGUGUGUUGGAGAUGUGUUUGUCAAACUGUGCUCAAAACUCAGAGUCUAUACCAACUACCUCAACAACUACACCACUGCCCUCUGCACCAUCGACAAGUGCAGGGAGACAAAGCCUUCAUUUCGGGCUUUCCUGAAGAGAGCAGACAGAACGCUUGCAACGCACAUGCUGAGCCUGCAGGAGCUGCUGCUGUGUCCGCUGUGGAGAAUCCAGGAGUAUGUGACUCUGCUUCAGGCUCUGUCUGUGCACACACACCCCGGUCACCCAGACCGCUCACACCUCUCCUCUGCCCUCGACACCCUGCUACGAUUCAGAGAGUUCACACAGAAGUUAAAGCGUAACUCAGAGAGAGACAGGCUGAUGGAGGAGACGCAGCAGAUGAUCCAAGGCUGUCCAGACCUGUGUGAAGGAAACAGGCAGCUGGUAAUAACUCAGGAUGCUGCUUUGCUAAGGAGCCCCAAUGAACAGAUUCCAGACUCACUCAGGACCUAUGAGCAGGUGGCUGAUGUGGGCCUCUUCCUGUUUAAUGAUGCUUUGGUGCUGACACGGCGAAAUGUGCAUCACACACCUUUCACGCUGGCUCAUCGCUGCACACACACUUUCCUGGCCUCUGUGGCUCUCAGCAGCCUGGCUGUCAGAGAGAUCACGCAUACACGCUAUGUGAGUCAUGCCUUUGUCCUGGAGGGGCCUUGUCGUUCUUGGGUUUGUGCCACAGAAAGAGGAGAAGAGGGAACGCACUUCCUGUGUGUGCUGCGUUCAGCCAUCACCUCUGCUCUGACAGGACAUCAGUGA